AUAGGUAGUGGCAAAGCUUCAAGCCUUAAUGUGGCCUUGCUCUUGCUUUAAUUGUAGCUUUCCGCAAACAAACUCUCUCCCUCUCUCCCUCUUUCUGGAAGUGUCGCUCUCUGGGAAAGCAUGAUGCUGUCAAAGGCGCGUGCUCCAAAAGUUCAGUGACGGUGCCAAGAGGACAAGCACAUCCUAGCUGCAGCUUGCCCGAGGCCUUCAUGGUUGACUCUGCGGAUGACUCUGAGAAUGAGGAAUCUUCGUGCUCGGAGUCCUCAGAGUGGUCAGACUGUGGAGCGCUGCUGGUCAGAACUCCAGGCCAUAAAUUUGCCCACGAAGACCAAGAAAAGAUGAAGGGAUUUUGCAAUUUCUAUGGGGUGGAUGUCAAUACCACGGAAGCCUAUUCCGCCAAAGACAUGGAGGAGCAGAUUCUGCACUUUUUUGAAGAUAGCUUCUCCAUUUACUUUUUGCAUUUGAUCUUUCAUGGGGACAUCAGUGAUGGUGCCUGGACCGACCAGAAUGGGGUGCGCUUCAGUUUGGCAAACGUUUUGAGAGUGUGGCAUUUCAGUCACAACUCCAUGAAGCAGCAUGUCCAUUUGGUAGUUUUGAUCGAUGCCUGCCAUAGUGGCCAUUGGAUCGAUCAGAUGUCGAAAUUCUACUGCAUUCAGAAUGUGUCGGUUCAAGCUGCUUGCGUCAACAGCUUGGAAACUCUUGAUGCCGAGGAAAGCUUCACAUAUUAUUGGACUGGGGUAAAUCAAUUCGGGGAUGCCGUCAUAUCUGCAGAGGAUCAGCAGAAGUUGGAUUGGAAGUUGAGACCAUGUCUGGAACAGCUCCAACCCUGUUACACCAUGCCCCUCAAGAAGGUACCCUCAAGGGUGGCUGGGCUGAAGUUUCUUGGGAAAGACUCCAGUCGUUCGAACAAACACCGUGCCAAGAUGAAUCUUUGCAGCAUCUUGAUGGUCAAGAAGCCAGGGGUCCCCGAACUCUUCAAGACUUACCAGUGCCAAAACUACUAUCACCAAAUGCAGGUUGACAUUUGGGAAAGUUGCAGGUCGCAAUCGCUCGAGGCCAUUCAGAGCAUGCAGCAACGAAAUUUGUCAGCGUUAGCAGAGCCUCGUGCUGCACUGGAACACCUCACCACCAUGCUGAACAUCACUGACCUGGAAACUCUUUUGUGCAAGGACGAGUGGCCUGGUGGUCCCCGUGCCGCGUUCCCCAAGCUAGAGACCUACAAGCGAAAGGAGCUUCGACGAUAUGACAAGGAGACUGGGGCAGAGGGAUAUUCCCUGACAUUGGAAGCUCUUUGCCUCAGCUGGAUGCUGCAACUUCGCUUGUGUUAUUUGCCUGAGUCGGAACACAAGGAGCAGGGUCAUUCUAGUUGCCUCGCGCUGCUUCAAGAGAUGUUGAGCCUACAGAGCUUCAACUCCUUCGAUCCGAUUGCGCAACAUGAGAUUCUUGAGGCGGUUGCUGUGUACAACGGACAGCUCCUUGAAGACGUGGAGCUCCUCUCGCUUGGGAAGCUGGCAGGUGAAAGCCUGAAGCAGGCGCGAAUGCGUCUGCACCAUGAACUUGCCCGUAUCAAUGGACAAUUGGAAGCAGGCGUGCGCCAGCAACAGUUCCACUUCAAGUACUUUGAGUAUGCUGCUGCUAGCUUGCGCCACAAAGCAGCUGCGUGCCAAACAGGAAAGAUCCAGAGGGUUCAAAAGAAAUUUAGCAAGUUGUUGACAGAGGUGACUCUGUGUGAUGACUUUACAAAACACGAAGAAAAGAGUCAAGCAGAAGCACAGGUCCUUUUGAGCAUGAUACGAGCUUGCGGAGAUGCCCUCGAAAGGAGAAGUGAACAUCAGCACUCUGAACAGCUCACGAGAGACUUUGAGGAGGCAAAGACAAGGCUACUGAGCACGUUGCGCAGCAUGCCUUCGGUUGGUGAGAAACGUAGGUUCGAAUUCUGGAGAGAGGAGGUUGAGAAGUGGUUUACCCACAAUGAAUUUGAAGAGUUUAAACAAGUAACGGUGCACUCAACCUUCUAACCAAGCUCUCUGCACAGUUGAAGCCCUUGCCGCUCUAUGCUGCGAGAGUGACGUGGUGUCAAAUGCGCCGCAGAAGUCGCUCCCAAGGCCUGUGUAGUCGUAGUCCACUUGAUUGCACGCCAGCUGAAACGUG